AUGCAGAUAUCUGAAAUUAUCAGGAUUGCGUCUUUGCUUUCUCUAACGGCUGCAAGAAUUGUCACAACUAUCGCGGGAAAAUGGGAUUACAUGUGGGAGGAAGAAAUGCCCGUCGAAGACUUGGCAUGCUGGAGUGAAGAUAAAGACAACGUUAUCAAUUAUAUGGGCUGGGAGUCUCUGAAGAACCUGCCCAUUGCGAUCGCGGGCUAUGAAGGCGUCAGCGGGCCACAUUCUCCAUUGUGCUAUACGUGCUGAAUACUUAAAUAUGAGGGCCGCCGCCAGGCAAUGCUUGUCCUGGACUACGCAUUAUCGGGGUUCGCAACUGACUAUGAGACUUUUGAAUCGCUCACAGAUGGACAGGCUUGGAGGACUGGGAAGGCAAAUGUUACUGCCUUUCGCUCUUCUGAUCUUCGUGAUUGUGGCAUUGGGUCUGAGCCGGC